CGGAAAGGUGCGUCACGUGACCAGGACACGCUCCGGAAGUUGCGUAACAACAUACGCGUAGCGCGGCUCGCCGCUUCCGCAAACAGAACUGUGGGUGACUGUAUUGUGUUAAUGAAGUUGUAUCAUCUAUUUAAGUAAUCAAAAAUGGAAAAUUCUACAAAAGCAGAGGAAUGUGAAAAGGUCUCUGACGAGGCAAAAGCAUCAAUAGUUUCAGAAACAGAGUCUUCAUUUGGUAUUAAUAAAGACACAAAUGCUCUUGGGACUGGGCUUUCUGAAAAGGCUUCUAUCUGUGGGCAAGUAGAUACACCCAAAAAGAGAAAAAUGGAGUCUGCAGAAGAUCUUGUAAAAGAGAGUACUAGUGAGGAAGACACUCCAUCCAAGAAAAGAAAACUUGAUGCUGGAAUUGUCCCAGAAGAGAAAGGUUCUGGUGACAAUGAAGGCAUUUCAAAGAAGAGAAGAAUGGAAACUGAUGAUUUUCCAAAAGAUGAACCUUCUACUGGAGACGGCACUCAGAAAAAGAGAAAAAGAGAACUAGAAGAUGUUCCUGAGAAGCAAAAAAACAUAGAAGAAGGACACAGCUCAGCAGUGGCUGCCCAUUACAAUGAACUUCAGGAAGUUGGUUUGGAGAAGCGUAGCCAAAGUCGUAUUUUUUACCUGAGAAACUUUAAUAAUUGGAUGAAAAGCGUCCUCAUUGGGGAAUUUUUAGAAAACUUGCGACAGAAAAAAAAACGUGAUAUCACUGUUUUGGACCUGGGAUGUGGUAAAGGUGGAGAUUUGCUCAAGUGGAAAAAGGGAAGAAUUAACAAGCUAGUUUGUACUGAUAUUGCUGAUGUUUCUGUCAAACAGUGUCAGCAGCGUUAUGAGGACAUGAAAAAUCGUUGUCGUGAUAAUGAAUAUAUUUUUAAUGCAGAAUUUAUAACUGCUGAUUGUUCAAAGGAACUUUUGAUUGACAAAUUUCGUGACCCAGAAAUGUGCUUUGACAUCUGCAGUUGUCAGUUUGUCUGUCAUUACUCAUUUGAGUCCUAUGAGCAGGCUGACACAAUGCUCAGAAAUGCUUGUGAGAGACUUAGCCCUGGAGGCUAUUUUAUUGGUACCACUCCCAAUAGUUUUGAACUGAUAAGACGCCUUGAAACUUCAGAAACAGAAUCAUUUGGAAAUGAAAUAUAUACUGUGAAAUUUCAGAAGAAAGGAGAUUAUCCUUUAUUUGGCUGCAAAUAUGACUUCAACUUGGAAGGUGUUGUGGAUGUCCCUGAAUUCUUGGUCUAUUUUCCAUUGCUAACUGAAAUGGUGAAGAAGUACAAUAUGAAACUAGUCUACAAAAAAACAUUUCUGGAAUUCUAUGAAGAAAAGAUUAAGAACAAUGAAAAUAAAAUGCUGUUAAAACGAAUGCAGGCCCUGGAGCCAUAUCCUGCAAAUGAGAAUUCCAAACUUGCCUCUGAGAAGGUGGAUGACUAUGAACAUGCAGCAAAGUACAUGAAGAACAGUCAAGUAAAGUUACCUUUGGGAACCUUAAGUAAAUCAGAAUGGGAAGCUACAAGUAUUUACUUGGUUUUUGCAUUUGAGAAGCAGCGGUGAGCAGCAGGCCAGCUGUGUUCCAUCUUAUACAGAUUUGAAUGAUCCACCUUAGAUAGAUUUGACAGCUUUGUUUAUUUUAAUUAUUCUAAAUGUACAGAUGGUGCCGAAAACUCCAGUGUAUAAAUUCAAUACUUGCUGUCUGUGACAGAUGAACUUUUGUGUGUGUGUAUAUAAGAAUGAGUUGGGACCUUCAUCUUUAAAAAUCUAUUUUUAAGUAAUGUUCUAAAAAUUCCAUUUGCCUCUACUGUCUGAGCUCAUAAAAAUUAUACUAUGACUUGCUAAAGCCGCUUAACUUUCCACAGUGCUCUGAUCUGUUCAAUGUUUACAGUAUUAAAUUUAUUAUAGUUGUAGAAUUGAUGAGGGAGCAUACUGGUUUGUAGGUGUGUACUCUCAUUUCCAUAGUUAGGUUACAUAGUGUUUUUCAAGAUUAAAUGGAUUGCAUUCUGUACAGUUGAAUGUAAGUGUUCAAUAUGUAUUGCUAAAGUUAUAAGUUUAAAAUUAAUUUUAGAUUGUUAUAAAAGUUAUUUACCUAGAAUUUUAUCCAGUUAUUACAUUUUGUUAUAAAUAGUAACUACUUUAUUUGCUAAUAUAAUGCAAUUCUGGAACUGGAUAGAACAUUUUGGAUACCAGAAUAGAAUUGCUUUGGAUUUGUGGGGUUUCUCUAAAGAAUUUCCUACCAUAGCAAUUAAUGUUUCUGGUUAUCAAGAAUGUAAUUAGAUUUAGCUUUGUUGAACAAAAAUGGGGUAGUUGUUUUUUCUCAAGAUGUAAUGAAAACCUCUCAUGUAAACCUUGUUACACAUUUUCCUAAAAUUAGAUACCAAACUACAGUAGGAGGAUGUGACUGUUAAAAGCUGACAGACUUCAAAUUAAUUCUCCCCAUGUUAGUUCUAGGUUACUAGUGCUACGUGCUAUAGACCUGUUACCCCCUUUGGCCCAGAAAGAAGCAGUAUCUAUUCUUCCAUUACACUGUCAUACUUUGGACAGGUAGGAUUCAUCGUCUCAUCACCAUUUAGAAUUUGUGUUUGCCAUUUCAAACCAUUACAAUCAUCAGCCUUGGCUUCUUGACUACACUUCCAAAACUGACAGCUAGGUGAACUAUUGUCUUUACUUUAUAUCACUGUUUGGAAAAAUUGCUAAUUUUUAGAUGUAGUGAAAAGUUUAAAGAGCAAAGCAGAGAAAUUAUUGCAUAUUCUUUUAAAAAUUAUUUUUAAAGCAUGUUGAAAAAGGCAUUACUUUCUAUAAUUAUCCAGAGUACUUGUUUAAAAAGUGUAGUCUCUUAAUUUGUUUAUAUAUGUCAUUGUUCAUGAUUUGGAGUAGCACAUCUUUUAGCAGAACAUGGGUUACCUGAUUUCUGUUUCUUCUGCAAUCUGUCAAUCUCCAAACUGUUACCAGUUUACAAAAAUUAAAGUCUUUUUGCCUUGGUGGUGGUUUGCCAUAAGUCAUUUGGGGAAAUAAAUAAUAGUACUGCUGACGAUGGUAGCUGCUGUUAGCUAGCUAAAGUUUUGUAAUGAUGCUAGGGAAGUGGAGAUGGUGAGCUCUGAGUGUUAGUUACAUAGCCAGGUUCAUUUUAGUUUUGGGGAAAGUACCAGAAAGUAUUGAUGAUUCAGUAGUGCAUGAAAAUCUGCUUUAUUAUUUCUUAUCACUAUUUUCAUUUAAUGGUCUUAGUUAAUUCUAAGCAAGUAAUAAAACAUUUUUAGCCUCUUUCCACUGCAUGGUUAAUUUGGGGGAGAGAAGAAUCCCCCAAAGGAUCGAGUAAUUGUUGGUAAUACAAAGCAGAGCGAAAAAGAAGGUUCAGGACUUUCAGUGGGUAGAAAAGAGCAAAAUAGCUUGAGUGGAUGGAGCCGGGCUCUGGGGUUUAAGAAAGCUGUUGUAUGUGCAGGAGAGGUGCAGAGCCACACCUGAGGAUGUGGAGUUCUGGCAGUUGCCCUUUCCUGUGAGGUUUAUUGGCCUUGUUGCCUUCUCCGCUGUUCCCUUUCACUCCCCGACAUCUUGCUGCGAUUAAGUGUCUGGGCAGUGACUUGCACUCUUAAGAAAAGGUAGCCCCUACUCACCAUCACCAAGGCAGAAGCUGGUAGGACUUCCCCACACUCAUACCUACAGUCUAAAUAUUUGGUAAUUUUCCAUUCAAGACUUGUAACUGUUAGGAGAAGGAGGGGCAUAGCUUUUCACUGUAGGGUCAGUGAUGUAAGCCGUUCAGGGGAGUGCCUGCAGAGCUCUCCCAGACCUGCCAUUCAGUUAGCCUCUGAUGAUGAAAGUAGAAAUUAAGAUCAAAUCAGCUGUUUGUGGAAAAGACACAACCUGAGAUUGGGAGGACUGACCUGGGAACAUGGCUGAAUUGUGGUAUAACUAAAAAUGCUCAAAUUGAAUUAUUUGAACCUUGACUGUACUAAAGGAAAAGCACUGUGUAGCCACAGUGUUCAGGGAGAGAAACUGGCCAUUUCCAGCUGUAUUCAAACGGGAGGUAUUCUAACCUGUAGAAAGCUGGAAACCUGCAGGUAGUAACUGCUCUUUCAGUGCCCACCAACCCUCUGGUUCUAGUGUGACUCCCUGAGGAAAUUUGCCUUCAGGGAGAGAAGGCAUUGAUUAGAGACUUCAACUUCUUUUAACUAAUCUGUAUAAUUGUCAGUACAGAGUUUCCUAGCUUUACCCCUUCCCCAAACUGUAAAUUGAGGAAAUAUGAUUGCUGUCUAAAUUUGUGUUAAUAACAAUCGUAUCAGAGCAGGUACAAAGACACAGGCUUUGAGGAAGGGUGCAAUGUAAUCAUCAGUGGAGAGGCAGAAAAAAGCUCUCAGAUGUCUAGAUCUCCAGUCCCAUUAGGUCUUUUGGGAAUUUAUUCUUCAGUCUUCAUUAGCUUAUUGCCCUUAUGUUAUUUUGAUAUGUCUUCUGUAUUGGGAAAGGAAAAAAAAAUCUCAGAUCCAUAACCUAAGAUUCCACUUAUAUAAUUGGGUGGAUAGGUAGGGAGGGAGAAGCAAACUAAACCCAAAGGAAGAAGGAAAUAAAGAUUAAAGUGGAAAUCAAUGAAAAGUAUUCUAAUGAAGAUUUAGCUUCUUGUGUAGGUGUGCCUACAGGGAGAAAAUGCCAGUAUGGAUAUUCUAGUUGAAUAUUAUUUUUCACUGUUGAUAAAUUGACUUUUGUCUACCUCAGGCUUUGUAUGUAUCAUGAGGCAGUCACUGCCAAGGUCUCUGGAUCUUCACAGUAGAGGCCAGAUGCAGGGAACAGGGCUCUAUAAACAAAGCUGUACCAAAAUGCCUGUGGCGUUUUCUGGCCCUUUGGUCAACUAGAAAGCAUAGUUGUCACCACUUUCCAUGUUUCUGUUAUAUCAAAUACUACACACUUGAUAAGUUUGUUUUUCUGCCCUCUGACAUUACAGAUUCUUUGAAGGCAAUUGAUGCAGUAGGUGCUACACUUAUUUAUAGACCUUUUCAGCAGAUAUAUAUUGGGCUGGGUACAGUCAACUCCACCUUGUGUCCUCAAUUUUUCUUCUCCCAUUUAGCCAUGAAGCAUGUGUGUCUGUUCCUCACUACAAUACUGAACAAAUAUGGGACACCCACUAAAUUUGCCUGGGAUCACUUACAGUCAGCAUGAAGCCCUCUGCUGUGUGAACUCCUGGGUCCUGCUUCCUUGGGGACAGCAUACCUUGGAUAAAGCAAGUUGACAGCUAACAUUUAUUAAGCUAUCUCAUGUCAGUCCUUAUAACAACAGGUAAAGGAUAGGGAUAACCCUAAUGACGAGGAAACAAGCAUAGAGAGGAUACAAACUUGAUCAAGGCAGAUCCAAGAUUUGAACAUCCCUAUCCCUCAAGUAAGGUUCAAUUGCAUGUUAUCUUCCUCCAGGGGUGUUAGAAAGGCUCAGAUGACUCCUCACCCAUCCACUGUCUGCAACUUGAAAUGAUAACUAUCUCCCCUCUUUUUGGUUCAAAACUUUUAUAAUUAUUUAAAUGUUCCUUGAGAGGAGCAGUUACUUCUGAAUAAGAGGCAUUGGGACAGAGACAGCAGAGGACAUUUGGGCACAUGGGGGCAGAGGGGAGAAAGUAAUCAACAGGCAGGAAGGCAAAGGUAGACUUGAUUUCACAUUUUGGUAGACCUCUUUUAGCAACCAGAUCUGUAACAAAUCUAGUUUAGUUUGUAUGUUGGGGAAUGAAGGAGUGCUUCACCUCCACUGUUUGGAAGUGGCAGUUUGGAGUUGAGAGUGUAGCCAAGGGGAAUCCAAGAGAAGACAUCGUUUCUUCAGUCAGCUGAUUAUGCAGGCUGAGGCAAAUCAUUUUAACUUACUGAAAUGUAACAUGUAUAAACAAGUCAGUGAUUUUUCACAAGUGGACCAUAUGCAUACCAUCAGCACACAGAUCAAACAAUAUCACUAGUGUCCUGGAAACCCUCUCAUACUCCCAUUACUAACUCCCCAAGGGUAAAUACUUAUCCAAAUUUCUAAGAGCGUAUAUUAGUUUUGUUCGGUUUCAAAUAGAAUGAAUAGAAUCAAACUGUAUUUUGUAUCUGGCUUAUCAACAUUAUGUGAGAUUUUUGUUGCAUGUGUUUGAUCAUGGUUCUCAUAGUAUAGUAUUCCACUACAUGAAUAAACCACAUAUUAUUUAUCUGA